AAUACGCCGCUAGCACCGCCCCGUGGCCGAGUCGUCAGGCACGCGAGACGAGAGACCGUCCAUUGCUCGCCGAGGAAUUUGAAAAUUCAAACGUCCGACGUGAGUUAAGGCUGGUGCGGCGAUUUGUGUUGGUAGCCGCGGGGCGCGGGUAUACGGGGAGGCGUGUCGUGUCAUCAAGCGGAGAAGGAUCCUCGUCGUCGACGGGACGCGCGCGCUUCCGGGAGGAAUCCACAGCCGAGCGUUUGGCGGAUCGAGCCGACCGAGUUGGACGAUCACGAUCAAGCGAACCCUGCGUAUCUCUCCGAUACGCGAGCGCGCCGUGAGCGCGGCCCCCAGAGCUAAAAGGAGAUUGUGAUAGAACGAGAAAAUUGUAUCUCGCGUCUGAUCUGAAACUUUGGGAGAGAAAGGGGGAGGAAAAGAUAGAUGGAAUAACGGCACAUUACAUGACGAAAGCACUUGGAAACUAAACUUUAGAAGCGUACCUCUUGCACAGGCAAAGUUGUAUAUACUAUAGAAUUAAUAUAAGUAACUCAAAUUUGAGACCAGUGAAUCUGAUGGUCGAUUGAAAAUCAAACCAGGCUAUUUUGUUUGUCUCAUAUAAAUUUAAUUUCCUCUAAUGCAAUGCUGUUGUAGUAUGUGUUUGAAAUUAUUUGUUCGUUAAGCGUAGUCAUUAAUUUAUAUUACAAUUUGUGUUUACAGCUCUGCACAUUUCACAUGCACGCAUAUAUAUUUAUAAAUUCUAUGACAAGAGAUAGACAGAGUGUGAAUUGUAGCGUCUCAUUAUUUCAAAAUUCCUAAUUUCACUAUACAAUCUCAUCUCCUUAUAGUACUGAAUUAUUCUGCGUGUGUAUAUAUAUGUGUCUGUUGUUAACUUUUAGAUUUAACAUAGUAAAAUCUCAUAAAGAUACAACAUAAUAUUGCGAAACUGCAAUAUAAAAAGAUAAAAUAUACACAAACGGAAAAAAAAGAAAGAAAAGUAACACAAGAAGCUUGAAGCUUUCCUAAGUGUUCAUGUAGACAUUAAUUUGAUAAACUAUAAAUUAUUUCAAGAUACAGUUACUAAUAAUCCUAGCAUCGGGUGCCUUAUAAGUGCUAAAAACAUCUAUGAGUGCCAUUAAGUAAACGCCAAUAUAUUGCUAUAUUAAGAAUUAAAUAAACAAUUCAAGAGAAAGAGAGAGAGAGAGAGAGAGAGAGAUUCUGAUAUUUGUAUACCUAUUUUGACUAUGUAUCAUACUGUAUUUCCGUCGCAAAUGGUGGUACAAAUAAUGGGAGGCCACCAAACAAAUAAUGGACAAUGUCCGUCGGCACAAAAUCACACUCUGCAUGUUAACGGUGUAAAUUCAUUACAUCAAUCUGACUUCCCACAAUACGGUCCGAAUAUCUCUGGACAUAACAGGCAUCGUACGAUACAGACAGGAUCUCCUCUGGAUUUAUUACAAUUAAUAGGAGUCGAUGUACCCUCAUUACGACGUAUAGAAUACAUGCAAUCAAACAAUAAUUCAUCUUCUUUAAAUUGGGAAAGACGUAUGAAUACAUCCAGCAACUCGUCAAUUAUACCAUUCUCAAACUACAAUUUCAAGCAACCUACAAAUAGUAAUUCGACAAAAAAACCAAGCUGGAAUAACAGAAAUAGCCGACGGAGUUCGUAUAGGAAUUUCUCGAAAUAUGAGGCAUACAAUAGCGAUAGUGGGUUUAGUUCUCGUUCACCAACACCAAGCAAACAUUAUAUUGACAAUAGUUUAACAGAAUCUUCAGAUGAACGAGAUUCUACAAUUUCAGUAAGAGGACAGUGGCUAAAUAAAAAGCAUCAUAAGGCACAUCCAGAUAACAGAGCAUAUAAUACAACAAAUGGUUUAAUUUCAAAUACCUCUGCACAUCAGUUUUAUCCAACCCAACGAUCCAACAGUAAUUAUGAUACUACCAAUUCUACUUCGAGAGCACAUAUGCAAAAUUAUCAGAACAGAAGAAGAUAUUUAUCAGGCAAGAAUGAAAAUGCACCCUCGCAAAGAUUUUCACGAAAUCGUAAAUAUUCCGAAGUAUCUAAUUACGAUAUGUUUCCCGGGUGCAUUUCGGCCCCUGAUAGAUUUCUUGCCAGAUCUCAUUUAGUACAAGUAACUUCUACGCCAAGUAACCUUGUUACUGGAUCAUUAUGGGAUGAUUUGUCCGAACAAAUUUGGCGUAAAUUUAUUACGAAUCAACAAACUGAAGCCACGUAUAAAAAGAAAAUGAUGCUAUGGAAGCAGCUUAAUACGUAUGUUAAGACUGUAUAUCCAAAUUGUUGUGUAUUUUUGGGUGGUUCGACAAUGAAUGGGUUUGGGUCAAAUGAUAGCGAUGUCGAUGUAUGUCUUUUAAUAAAAAAUACUGAAUUGGAUGCAAGAUGUAUAGCUAUAGAACAUUUAACGGAAGUGCUAAAACAUCUUAAACAAAGUGAUUUUGUUGAACAACUCGAUAUGAUACAUGCAAAAGUACCCAUUAUAACAUUUGUUGAUGCUAUACGAAAAUUUAAAGUCGAUAUGAAUUGUAACAAUUCUGUUGGCAUCAAGAACACGCAUCUGCUAUAUUGUUAUUCAAAACUUGACUGGAGAGUGAAACCAUUAGUGCUUGUCGUUAAACUAUGGGCUCAAUGGCACCAUAUUAAUAAUGCAAAAUGUAGUACACUGUCCAGUUAUUCUUUAGUCCUCAUGGUUAUACAUUUCUUACAAUGUGGUACCAAUCCUCCUGUUCUGCCAUGUUUGCAUUCAAUGUUUGCAAAUAAAUUUAGGCCUGAUGCAGAUAUUUACAACAUCAAUAUUCAUGAGGAAUUGAACAUUCCAUCGUCCAGUCGCUUACCUGUGAACCAUCAAUCUCUCGGAGAAUUACUAUUUGAAUUUUUCAACUAUUAUGUUGACUUUGACUUCAGCCAAUAUGCGAUCUCCGUACGUUUAGGAAGCAAAAUACCGAAAGAAGAAUGUCGUAUGGGGCUAUCAUCAAAAAAUGACCCUUAUCAAUGGAAGUAUCUGUGUAUUGAAGAACCGUUUGACUUGACCAACACAGCUAGAUCAGUUUAUGAUCCAGACAUGUUCUCUAAAAUUAUAUUCAUAUUAAAUGUUACGUGUUCAAGACUGAAGCGGAGAUACAAUUUAAGCGAUGUGUUUGACGAGAUGCAUUUGGUGAUGAUUGAUACCGCUUGGGCGCUAAUGAUAAGUGACGAAGAAGGAUAAUGUCAUCUUGUGUGACGUGUUUGGUACCUUGUGAUAUUCGGCCUUAUUUUGAAAUGAUUUAUAAUACAGGCAAGGUACAGACGUGUCCUCGGUUUAAUAUCCUAGUUUUUCUUUUUGGAGGAUUGUGAAAUCACAAAUACACAAUCAGGAUGUUAUAUAUGUAGUUAGUAAUACGUGUGUAACUUAUUAUCAACUGCACAUGUAAUAUCCUAAAAGAAAUGUUGCUAUCUGCUGUUAUUAAUAGGCAAAUAUUUUAUUUUGUUAUGAAAGAUCGGACACACAGAGUUAUACAUAUAUCAUUCUUGUUCAAACUUAAAAAUGCAAUACAUACAAUAAAGUUUGUGAUUUAUAUUAAAGCUACAAUCAGUUAGGUUUACUUAGAUUUCUUUAAAUCUUUAACGAGGUAGCCACGAAGCAUUAGAAUAUUAUUUUAAUAUCGGAUGCUUAUUUUUAAGAAUGUAGCUAGCGACCUAUUUUUGAAAUAUUCUCAAUGAAGAACGAGUUGAUAACUAUGAGUUUUUUUUUACAUCUAAUAAUUUUUUUUUAAGUUAUAGGUGAAAUUAUAUUAUUCACUAUUCUUGAAUUUCUUUAUUUUUAUUUAGUUAAUAAAUCAUUUAGAUUGUCGCAUGUUAGGGAUCGUGUUAAUGAUAAGUUCGAUAGCCUACAAGGCAUCACACGUGUUAGAUGUAUUAGAUGUAUCAGACGAACAACUCAUGCAUGGACUAUGUAUUCUGGAAAAAUCACAAAAUAAUUGUGAUACGACAAUAGUUUUUUUUUUAGUUACAGACAAAACUUCAUUAUUUUUCUUCACCCUUUUCAUACAUUUAUUACAUGACUGUUCAUAAUAUCACGUGACAUAAGAUUGUGUUAACGAUAACUACGAUAGCCGUACAUAAGGAACCAUAUAUUUUAUAUUCAUUGAUGUUAAAUGAAAAACUUGUAUAUGAGAUAAUAAGCAAUGUACAUUGAAGAAAUCACGUUGGAUAAUUUGGAUGCAACUAUCAUUACUUAACAAUUACUAUGCUGUAAUCAUGUAACUAUUUAAUUAUCUAAUCGUGGGGCAUUGCCUAGUUAAAGAUUUAGAAAAGGGCCUAAGCAAACUAACUGACUGUAACUUUAAUAUAAAUUAUAAAUUUAAUUGCAAAUAUUACAAUAUUGAAGUUUGGACAAGAAUGAUGUUUGUACGUUCGAUCUUUUAAAUCAAAAUAAUACAUUUUUGCAUUCUAGUCAAUUUGUUCUCUAGAUAAUUAAAUAGUUACAUGAUUGCAGCAUAGUAAUUGUUAAGUAAUGAUGGUUGCAUCCAAAUUAUCCAACGUGAUUUCUUCAAUGUACAUUGCUUGUUAUCUCAUAUACAAGUUUUUCAUUUAACAUCAAUGAAUAUAAAAUAUAUGGUUCCUUAUGUACGGCUAUCGUAGUUAUCGUUAACACAAUCUUAUGUCAUGUGAUAUUAUGAACAGUCAUGUAAUAAAUGUAUGAAAAGGGUGAAGAAAAAUAAUGAAGUUUCGUCUGUAACUAAAAAUAAUUAUUAGAUGCAAAAAAUUAUUAACAUAUUUUCAAUUAAAAAUGUUUUGAGCUAUAACUUAGUAGACAUAAAAAUAAGCAUCUGAUAUUAAAAUAACAUUCUAUGGUACCACGUAUAAAAAUUAAAAAAGAAGGAAGUAGUCUGCUUAUUUCUCUAGUUGCUAUUUCUAAAAAAAAAAAUACACAUGAGCGUAGAAUUAUAGAAAGUAUAUAAACUUUUAGUAUUAUCUUUUGCAAAAUAUCAAAAAUAUAAAAAAAAGAUAAAGACUUGAUAAAAAUUAAAAAAUGUUACAAAUUCGAAAAGAAUUAAUUAUUUACGUUUAUAAUAUUGUUCAGAUAUUGAGUCAAUAAAUGACUGAUAUAGUGGUAAGCAAGACUGUGUUUCUUUUAAAAGGAUUAAAAAAUUUUCUCAAUUCUAGUAACUGUUCCAAAAUUAGUGAAAAUAUGUUCUUAUAUCAGUAGGAUUAACUUAAUAUAUUAAAGCAGAGGAUAUUAAUCGGUGAUACAUACAUAUGUAAAAAAUAGAAUAAACAUUUCUAAUUUGUUAAAACUAGGGAGGCAAGUUUCUCAUAAAUAUAAUCUUUACUUCUCAACAAAGUUCUUCAUUUGUCGACCAAUCCAUGAUGUAAGAAGAAAGGUGUGCUACCGCACACAACCUAUCACAGACACUUCAAAAACGACGCCAUAUUGGGAAAUAUCAACCAAUAUCAUCAAUGCCUUCGCAGCCGUCAUCUUCCUCAUUAUCUUCAUCUUCCUCCUGAGAUAAUAUAGCAUAAUUAUCUACAUCUCGCGCAUUGAUGCUAUUGGUUGAUAUUUUCCAAUAUGGCGUCGUUUUGGAAGGUAGAAACAAACCAAAAUUGGUUCACGCACUGAAAAAAAUUAAUGUACUUUUACAUGGAAAUUACUUGUUCAAAUCCGGAAAAUUACCUAAUUAUAACUAAUUUUUUUUCCAG